AUUUGCGUCACUUCCGUCUGAGAAAAGCAAUGGACAGCGUGAGUGAAGCGCAAGCUGGGAAAAAGUCCAAAAAGGAAAAAAAGCCGGCGGAUGAAGCCGAUCUGCUGACUGUUCCCGAUGGCUGGAAAGAGGAGGCCUUUACCAAAGAAGACAACCCCCGCGGUAUGUUGGAGGAGAGCAGCUUUGCCACCCUCUUCCCAAAAUACAGAGAGGCCUAUCUGAAAGAUUGCUGGCCAUUGGUGGAGAAGGCUUUGGGAGAAACGCAUAUUAAAGCCUCCCUCGACCUGAUUGAGGGAAGCAUGACUGUCUGCACUACUAAAAAAACCUAUGACCCAUACGUCAUCAUCAGAGCCAGGGAUCUCAUCAAGCUGCUUGCCAGAAGCGUUCCAUUUGAACAGGCUGUACGGAUAUUACAGGACGAUGUGGCGUGUGACAUCAUUAAAAUCGGGACCUUGGUGAGGAACAGGGAGCGGUUUGUGAAGCGGAGACAGCGUCUUAUUGGCCCGAAAGGUUCCACCUUGAAAGCUUUAGAACUGCUGACCAACUGCUAUGUGAUGGUUCAGGGCAACACUGUGUCAGCCUUGGGACCCUUCAAUGGACUAAAGGAGGUGCGCAAAGUUGUCAUGGACACGAUGAAAAACAUCCAUCCCAUCUACAACAUAAAGACGUUGAUGAUCAAACGGGAACUGUCCAAAGACCCCGAACUCCGCGUGCAGAAUUGGGAACGCUUCCUUCCUCAAUUCCGACACAAGAAUUUGACAAAGCGGAAGGAACCCAAGAAGAAGACUGUGAAGAAGGAGUACACUCCCUUCCCGCCACCACAGCCAGACAGCCAGGUGGACAAGGAAUUGGCUUCGGGUGAAUUCUUCCUGCGAGCAAGUGUGAAGAAGAUGGCGAAGAUGGCAGAGAUAAAGGUGAAGCAAGCUCAAGCCCUGACCAAGAAGCAGGAGCAGAGGAAAAAAGCUUUUAUUCCUCCUAAGGAGAAACCCAUAGUGAAGAAAACUAAAGCACCCGAGGAAAGCAAGCUAGACAUCGAUGCCAUUAAGGAGAAAGUAAAAAAGGCCAAAACCAAGAAGCUGGGUGCUCCACCAGUCAACCCGGCUCCGCCCGUCACCAGCUCCGCCACAAACAAAAAAAAGAAAGCAAAGAGCAAAAACUAAGCAGCACACAAAGAACUCUGUAACUCAUCCCAUGUGAUGUGGAAUUUGUUGGACUUGGAGACAUAGUGAAGCGUUCCACCCCAGUUCUGUGAGGAAUUUAUCACAUCUCAGUCUGAACCUUUUAAUUCUGUUGUACAGAUUUUCUCUCGUUUGGUAUUUAUCUUAUAGAUCUAUUGUCUUCUCUAUGAAUUAAAAAUAAAGCUGUUUUUCUUAGGUU